AUGGCAGAUGAAUUUCACCUAGGAAGUGGAGGAAACUGGUGGGAUACAUCAAGAAACAGAUUUGAAACUGGAUCAUCAGCACAAAAAUCUUCGAUUUCUACAACUUUAAAUAGCUUAGCAAGCUUUGGAUGGACGAUGGAAAUGGUGGAUGACAAAGCAAGGUCUUCAGUGGAUACCGGGACAGUUCCCGGUAGCUCCAUGGUAUUCCAAGAUUCGCAUAAGUUGCAAGGGCAAGAUCAAUCUUCCGGUGGCGCCUUAUUAGCCGACCCAAACUUGCACAUGAUGGCUUUAGGCCUUUCUUCUCAAGCCAUGGAUUGGAACCAGUCCCUAAUUCGUGGAGGAGAAAAAACUGAGAGCAGUUUUCGUUCUAUGCUUCAAGAAGAUUUGAGCAAUUCAAAUAGAAAUUUUCAUCAAGUAACUGGUGCAGCACCUUCUCAAGAUCAAUGGAGGGAGAAAUUAUAUUCUGCAAAUUCUGAGGAUUCUAAUGUGAAUGAAUACAAGCAAAUCAACCGGGUUUAUUCUUUAGAUGGCACCGGUGAAACUGAAAGCACUACAAUUACAUCCCAGCAGGGUUUAGCCACCAGUUUUCCGGUGGAUUCCGCAGCCUAUGGCCUUCUGUUAUCUGAAAAUCAGCCACAUCAUUCGGCAUACAAAAAACGGCCCAUGAAUUUUCCGUAUCCAAUGAACUACGGAUCGAACACAGGUGAAUUUCCUCAGACAUUCUUAAGAACAACAGUGCCUCAAAAACAGCCUCCUGGUAAUAUAUAUUUCACCAAUAAAACUCCCUUCUGGAACGCAUCCGAUGACGUUCCACAUAGCUUCCUUUCUUCCUUGCCAACGCCAAUUCCUACACCGGCCUUAGAUGAAAAACCGAAGAAUAUUUCAGAAAUUCGGGAUUUGGGUACAACAGCAAAGAAAACAAGCACUCAAGUAUCAAAUAAAAGGCCAAAGAAUGAAACGCCAUCACCUUUGCCAGCUUUUAAGGUGAGAAAAGAGAAGAUGGGAGACAGAAUCACUGCUCUUCAACAAUUAGUUUCACCUUUUGGAAAGACUGAUACGGCUUCCGUGCUUUCUGAAGCUAUUGACUACAUAACAUUUCUACAUGAACAAAUCGGCGCCUUAAGUACUUCAUACAUGAAAAGUGAAGCUCCAAUACAACCCCAGCAGAAUUCUGAUAAAUCCAAGGUUCCUGAACAAGGACCGCGACAAGAUCUUAGAAGUCGAGGGCUAUGUUUAGUACCGGUUUCCAGCACUUAUCCGGUAACUCACGAAACAUCAGUCCUGUUUUGGACCCCGACAUUCGGAGGAACUACCAGAUAA